GGAGGUGUAGGCAUAACUCAAAUACAACAAGGAAGAAAGGAAAAUAGCAAGAAGCCAUUCGGCAUAGAGAAGAAUUUUCUCAAAUUGUCUUGCUUUGUAUUUUUGGUUUUCUCUUCCUAUUGUAAGUGUGUGAGCUUGGGUUAUUCGGGUCUUUGGGAAAUUGAGUGAUAAACACUAUUGUAUGUUCUCAUUGAUUAUAGUGAAAUACUCCGUCGUCUCCAAACUGGAUGUAGGCAUUGCCGAACCAGUAUAAAUGUUGGUGUUCUUGUUGGUAUUGUUCCAUUUAUCUGUUAUCAGUUUCUAGGGUUUAUUAUUUUUUCACUCACACUUGUUAAAGCUUCCGCACAACAAUAUAUUGUUUAUAUAAAACUAUUAAACUCGAUAUUCACUUAAUAUGUUGACUGUAGAUAUGACCAGCAAAAAGAAAGAAGAGGUUUCCGGAUCAGUACGAUUAGUUAUCAUGGAUGCUCAUUUAAUAACUAUCAAUUUUUUCUUGUCUUAUUUCACUAAAGGUCAAUCACAACAUGUAUGGCACAAGGAUUCUGAUGAUCUCUGUUAUCUCAUCGAUCAAAUAUAUGAAGGUCGGACGUUGGACGAGUUGACGACUGUUUGUAUAGAAAAGUACAAGUCUUUCCUCCAGAGUUUCACAAAUUCUGUUAAUAUUUGUCAUGAAGACGGGAAAAUCAGCAACAUAAGUUUGGUGAGGUUCUACAUGUUCAGUAAUUCAACCUUCUGGAGCAGCAAGGAAAAGGUGCAGCUAAUUGCAAACGUUUACACACUCCAUAAAGACGAGACCUUUGAUAUGAUUAGGGCAUUCACAGCUCAAUUUGGUAAUUGGAAGUAUGAUGACUGGCAAUGUGAAGUGGACAACCAUGUCAUUUUCAAGGCUGUGAAAAAUUAUCAACAGAACAAAUGCCGACUCCGCCAAGGUAGAAGUCCUCAGAAUUCCAACUCCUGUUAUACAACUGCAGAAAGUUUGUUAUUGUAUGUGCACGACUGUACGAAGCACUACUGGGAACAUGCAAAGCGGUUACAACAGAAAGAACAUGGACCAAGUCGAGUACUGGAGAAGUUGACAAAGCUGUUUCCUAAACGCUGAUAAAGUUAGACAUCCUCGGUUCAUGUCAAGGGAGAUAGUGAGAGGGGUAAUCGCGGCAUGAGAAGCAAAGACAUUUCAAGGAGUUUGAAAAAUUUAAUGAACGGCAGUUACUUUUUGAGUAGAUUCUAGUUCUUAAGAAUUAAUGAGAAUUUUCAAGAGAAGUUUGAUAGCAGGCAGUUGGUUCUUUUUCGGGCUCUGUUUUUGGGUGUGUGUCUGUGCAGCACGUCUUUCUUUUGUGGUAGCCAGAACUCAUGUUUUUGGAGGAUUAUACAUUACGCGUGAGCUAGUUGGCCUUUUGUAAUAGUGGUACAAACAAAAGUUAAUUGCAUUUUGCAAGUAGCUAAGUGGACCUAUAAACAAAAGUUAAUUGCA